CUUAAUCAAUCACUUAAUUCCAAAUGCAUCAUUGUUGGAACGUGAGUUCCUGCUGCUAAAAUCUCAACCAUUGAUUUCUCCACUAUCCCUUGCUACAUAAACCUUAUAUAUACAACAAUAAUAGGUGUAGAAUCUAGAAUCAUUUGCGAGAACCUUAGGGAAGAAAAAGCUAGUUAAGCAAAGAUGUUGGAAGGAAAAGCUAUGGUGAAAGAAACAGACAUGCCAGGGAAGAUGCAAAUCCAAGCCAUGUCCUUUGCUUCACAAGCCCUUGAUCUCUAUGAUGUUCAUGAUUGCAAAUCUAUUGCAGGACACAUCAAGAAGGAAUUUGACAAGAUGUAUGGGAAUGGGUGGCAAUGUGUAGUAGGUUCCAAUUUUGGAUGCUUCUUCAGCCAUUCACCAGGAACUUUCAUAUACUUUGCUCUUGAGACCCUUAAUUUUCUCAUCUUCAAGGGUGCCUCUUGAAUAUUUCUUUUUUUACAUUUUAUUUUUUUACUAUCAUAUAUAAUUAACACUUCUUUCAACUGAGUUUCUUGUAUGUACUAGCGGAUUAUGUUUGUUGUAAUAUUGUAUUUUAGAUAAAGUCAUAAAACAGAGGAAAUAGUGUUCUAAAUUUUGAUCAA